AUGGCAGGCGACCUUCCUAAACGGGAUGGGCUCGUGACGCGCGCCCUGCGAUUGGCCUCUUCCACAAGCUAUUUCUUUCAGGGAGCGGUGGCGCCGAAGGGAUGCGGCCGACGCCCAAGGACGUCAAGGACGCAACCCGCUCGGUGGGUCAUCGCGCACCGCAUCACCGCCGAUGGCCAGCAGCUGGCGACUCUCAUCCCAUUAGAAAUAAAUUUCAGAAACUUCACUUCUCCGGCGAGCAAACUGCCCGAACCCGACCGAUCUUCACUUCGCUUCAUCUUCGCGCUCUCUCCAUCCUCCAGCGGCGCGCAUCCGAAUCAGCUGCGAGGCUCGGCUGCGCUAAAUGCGCAAGCCCUGAUUGGCGCCCCCCCACGCCGAGGCGCGUCUGCGCGCGGGGUCAUCCUUUCUCCUCAGCGCUCCUCAGCCAUCGUGAUCUUCCCCGCAAUCGGCGUGGCCGCAACGUCGUUAGACGCAACGAUGGCACUUGGAUGCGCCUGGACAUUUUACAUGGGCCUCUUUCGUUGA